CUUAACAUUUUUUAAAACGCAGAUCUUCGAACCUUGAAACGCACGCAUAGUUUCCUCGCUCAGAUAUAAUCUAAACCAAAUACAGAGAGAGAAAUACAGGGAAGAGGAAAUGGCCAUGGCGAGGGCAAGCUCUGGCCUCGCGUACCCAGAACGAUUCUAUGCAGCGGCGGCAUACGCUGGAUUUGACGGAUCUCCUAAUUCAGCCAAUAGCGUCUCCUCUAAGUUCCAAAACGACACCGCUUUGCUCCUCUACGCUUUGUACCAGCAGGCAACUGUCGGACCUUGUAAUACACCAAAACCGAGCACUUGGAAUGCUGUAGAACAAAGCAAAUGGAAGAGCUGGUAUGGGCUUGCGAACAUGCCUCCCGCAGAAGCAAUGCGUCUCUUUGUGAAGAUAUUGGAGGAAGAAGAUCCAGGUUGGUAUUCUAGAGCAUCUAACUUUGUUUCCGAGCCUGUUGUAGACUUCCAAACAAAUCAUAACCCAAAAGUUGAGCCCGUUGUUGAGAAUGGAAACUCUUUCCCAGAGACAAAGACCAUCUCUAGUGAGAAUGGAAGUUCCAUGGAAACUCAGGAUAAAGAUGUUGUAUCAGAAGGCCUUGGUUCAGUUGUUGUUUAUGAUCAAUGGGUUGCCCCUCCAAUAUCUGGCCAACGCCCAAAAGCCCGAUAUGAGCAUGGAGCAGCAGUUAUUCAAGAUAAGAUGUAUAUCUACGGGGGAAACCACAAUGGUCGUUAUCUUAAUGAUCUUCAUGUUCUGGAUUUGAGAAGCUGGACGUGGUCUAAGGUUGAUGCUAAGGUUGGGGCUGAGUCAGAUGAAUCAAAAUCUCCUGCUACAAUAACUCAUUGUGCUGGUCAUUCCUUGAUAGCUUGGGAAAAUAAGCUUGUAUCAAUUGCUGGACAUACAAAAGAUCCUUCUGAAAGCAUUCAAGUGAAGGGUUUUGAUCCACAAACUCAUACUUGGUCAACCUUAAAGACAUAUGGGAAAGCACCGGUCUCACGUGGGGGUCAGUCUGUUACACUUGUUGGGACGAGCUUAGUGAUUUUUGGUGGACAAGAUGCAAAGAGAUCUCUCUUGAAUGAUUUGCAUAUUCUUGACCUAGAAACUAUGACUUGGGACGAAAUUGAUGCUGUUGGUGUUCCUCCUUCUCCAAGGUCUGAUCAUGCUGCCGCAGUUCAUGCAGAGCGCUACCUUCUUAUUUUCGGCGGUGGUUCACAUGCUACUUGUUUCAAUGAUCUGCAUGUGCUCGAUUUACAAGCUAUGGAAUGGACAAGACCAACACAACAGGGGGAAAUACCAAGUCCACGGGCUGGACAUGCAGGUGUGACAGUUGGGGAGAAUUGGUUUAUUGUUGGUGGUGGUGACAACAAGAGUGGGGCCUCUGAAACUGUUGUCCUCAACAUGUCUACACUUGUUUGGUCUGUUGUUACUUCCGUUGAAGGGCGUGUUCCCCUCGCCAGUGAGGGCUUGAGUUUGGCUGUGAGCUCCUAUAAUGGUGAAGAUGUUCUUGUAUCAUUUGGGGGAUAUAAUGGGCGUUACAGCAAUGAGGUCAAUGUUCUUAAACCCAGCCACAAGUCUACCUUGCAAUCAAAGAUUGCGGAGACUCCAGUUCCUGAUAGUGUUUCCGCUGUGCAUAAUGCUACAAAUGCUACAAAUGCUACCAGAGAUGAAUCUGAGUUUGAAGCAGGCCAAGAAGGCAAAAUAAGAGAAAUUGUUAUGGAUAAUGUUGAUCCAGAGCCCAUGAAAUCUAAGGGUGAAGUAUCCAGUGAACAUCUCAUAGCAACCUUGAAUUCGGAAAAAGAAGAACUGGAAUCCUCUCUUAGCAAGGAGAAAUCACAAACUAUCCAACUAAAGCAAGAACUAGCUGAAGCUGAGACUCGUAACACUGAUCUUUACAAGGAGCUCCAAUCUGUGCGUGGCCAGCUUGCUGCUGAGCAGUCCAGAUGUUUCAAACUAGAGGUUGAUGUUGCAGAACUAAGACAAAAGCUUCAAACAAUGGAGACGCUGCAAAAAGAGCUAGAACUCCUGCAGCGGCAAAAGGCAGCUUCUGAACAAGCUGCCUUAAAUGCAAAACAUAGGCAGGGCUCUGGUGGCAUGUGGGGUUGGCUUGCUGGAACCCCGGGUGACCAAAGAGAAGAUGAAGCCUGAAUUUUGUCAAAGCCUUUUUAAGUAGUGAUCGUUAGAUUGGUUCUCAUUGAUCAAUUUUUCAGUCAAAUGGUUUUCUUUUACUUAACCCAGUUCUUUCUGUGAUGGGAAUAAAGAUAUCAAAGCUUUUGUUGACCAGAAUGAAACCCCGAUGGGUGGUUUUUUAGGUAAAUAUGUUAGUUUAAGUUAUGUAGUUUCAUAUGGCUGUUGCUUACAAUAUUUUUUGUGCCUCCAAUUUUCAAGGAGAUUGUAUUCGAAGCAAAUAUAUUAUUUGAAUGGAGUAUAGGUUUUCAUUAUUUGUCA